GAGAGUCGGACGUGAAAAGUACUUGUAAACACUAUUCCGGAGAACUGCACACAGCUGUGGCAGCUGAGUCAUCCGCCAUGAAUUCCGACUGGUGCUUAGGGCUUUUUUUGGUCUUGGCCUUGGCCUCGCCAGGUUAUUCGAAAUGCCCAGAGGAGGGAGAAAUGUGUUUUCCUAGUGGAGACUACGCACUCUGUGAGAGGGAUCAAGAAAGUUACUCGACGGGAGUCAGAGUAACUGACCUGAUUUACUGUGAUUCAAUGUUCUGCGAACCGGAGGCAUUUCAGCACGACUACAUAGUCCGCUUCCACGAUCAGACACCUUACCAGAACAAAUGGAAACGGGCUAGAAUAGGGGAAAGGGCCACCCUACAUGAUGUUUGCGUGCGGCGAAAUGGAAUGCCGGUCACCAGGGAGUGCAAGUUGAAGGAUCAACGAGCUGUCUGGGAGUCCACGGAUCAGUGGGCUCCUGUAGUCUGCCUCAGGAGCUUUAGGGAGCCCACCAUCAGUAAGGACCUGAAUAGUCUGCAUGAUGCCGUCCUCGAGGGCAGGAAGCGCACCAACGACUCCCAAGGACGUCGUGAGGUAUCUGCCUCCAUGAGAAAUAUGUUUCGAGAGCGGGACAGGACUUUCCUGCCCGCCGAUGUCCACAUAACUAGCCAGAUGUUGGGAACCCUGACGCAGCAGGACAAGGAUGCAGCGGUGAGCGUGGACUUGGUCAGUGUCUGCAGGGAGAUCAUGUCCUGUGAUAGACGAGUGCUACGCCUAUCCGCCCAGCUCAAUGCCACCAACUCCCUACUCAGUCAGUUUGAGAACUACUUGGAUGCCCUGCCGGAGCAAAUGGUUCCCAAGGACCGAUGCAGAAAGGUGGUAGCCAAGCCAACCAGCGAUGAAACAGAAACGGCGACCACCGGAGUGGAAACAUACAACUUCUCUGAUGUCGGAGUCCAAGCUCUAAUUACCGGAAACAUCAGCGUGUUCUUCGCCAAUCCCGAGUGCGAUGGUAUCACCGGAAUAGCUAUUUUCUCCGCUCCCGCUGAGGAUCGAAAAACUUCUGCCAGUGGCUUCUGGUAUCGCUUUCUUCGGUUCUCAGAAGAUUUGGAUAAAAUAAAGGGGGAAUCAGACCUGGAGACAGCUGCCUUUUUGCCGGAGAAUCUCUGGCGGAAGGUGACUGGCAGGGGAGCUUCGUAUCUUAUCUUUAAAGUCUAUGCCCACGAUGCCCUCUUCGUGGAAACCUCCCUUCAACGCAGUCGCAGGCCUCGCAGCAAGAUUAUCUCUAUUUCUAUACCAGGAUGGGGCGUAGGUAAUCUGCCCCUACCGUUGCCUUUUCUCCUUCGCAAUGAAAACCUUCGCGAUCCCGACGCAAGUUCUUCUAGUUCGGGCAGUGGCUGCGGGUUCUGGAACUACCGGACUUGGGCGACCGAAGGAGUGAAUACCAGUAGCAGCUCAGAUCUGCUGAAUGAUCCCAUCAUCGAGUGCCACACCAACCAUCUCACACAAUUUGCUUUUCUGGUGGGUGGAAGCUAUCGAACCAAUGACCUCGGCGAGGAAGUUCUAAUCACCCCGUUAAAUGAGAAGGUGCUGGACAUUAUAUCGAUCGUGGGAUGUAGUCUGUCCCUGCUGGGAAUCCUGGGAAUAUUCCUCACAGCAGCCCUCUUUAAAAGUUGGCGCAGCCAGGCCUCCACGAAAGUUCUUCUUCACCUUUGCCUGGCAAUGAGUCUGCAGAUGGUGCUGUUCGUGUUCCUGAACACAGAUGACAUAUCUGAAACGCUCGUGGAAAACAGAGACAACGUUCGCUGUGUGGUCUUGGGAGCUGCCCUGCAGUACUCCAUCCUAGUGCUCUUCAGCUGGAUGCUGAUCAUCGCCUUCCUGCAGUUCCAGCGGUAUGUUACGGUAAUUGGAAUCGAAAGACCUCGACGAUACAUCCUAAAGGCUGCCAUUGUGGCCUGGUCCCUGCCUCUGGUUCCCACCCUGCUGUCUGCCCUGAUAGAUCCCAAAUCGUACAUUCCCACAGAUGCCCAGUUAUCCACAGAUACUGGCAUCUGCUAUCCAUCGGGAUACAGUCUGAUUUUUGGAGUGGUCCUGCCCGUGACAAUGAUCACAGUUUCGAACCUGGUGAUCUUCGUCUAUGUGUUCUACAGCAUUUCGCACUCCCUGAGCCAGAGCGUCCACAAAUCCGAAAGGAAAAUGGUGGUCAAGCAGAUCAAGCUCUCCAUCAUGCUUUUCUUUCUGCUGGGGCUCACCUGGAUUUUCGGACUCUUCGCCUUCAUGCGGGCAGGUGUGGCCUUCUCUUACCUCUUCUGCAUCACGGCCACCAUGCAGGGUUUUGUGAUGUUUGUCUAUUUUGUCCUCUUGGACUCAGCAAACCGUCGGUUGUGGAUGGGUCUCAUUUGCCCCACCAAGAUGAAGCUGGAUGUCCAGAAGCGCACCGCUGAGCUCCAGUCCAUGACCACCUCGUCCACCAACUUCACGAGCAGAUCGCAGCAUUAGUUUUAUCAGUUUUCAUACUCGAACGAUCGAACAAACGGUCUACGACCAGUGUAUUAUUAAUUAAGUUGUUUUAUUAAGAGGUUGCCAAUACAUUAAGCUCUCAUAUGUAACCACUAUAAUUAUGCAUGCAACUCAAACAUUUUACGAACAGAGUUUUUGUUAGCUUUAAGUGACAUCCUUGAAGCUGGGAAUUUUUAUCUUUAAAGUCCGGAAACCCCAC